AUGCGAUCAGAAGAUCGCGCUGGACUCGCGGCCAUGGCGGCACGCCUGAACCAGCGCAACCAGCGCGAGACAGACUCUUUCGCAGCUCUUAUCGCAUCGUACCAGCAAAUGAUGGCGCAGCUGCAGUAUGUCACCUCGCAAAACCAGAAGCUACAUCAGCUCCAGGCGGUGCCGCUGGCGUCGCCAACACGGACGGUCGCGCUGAAGGACGAGCAGCUCCUUCAGCUUCAGGGCAAGAUCUAUGACAUGGAUUCAACGGGCAAAGAGAUGGAGAAGGAGAUGCACGUACUACGCGAGGAGCUUAACCGGCAGCGCGUUCGCGCUGAGCUUGCGGAGCAAGAAGCCGAAGAAUUUCGCCGCCGCGUGCGCGAGCUCGAGUUGGUGCUCGUCCAGAAAAGCAAGAUGAUGGCGGAGAUCAUGUUGCAAGAACCGGAGCUAAAGCCGGCGCCCUUGCGACAGGAGGCUAUGCGGCGCGACGAGCUUCCAGCGGGCGGAGGGCUUUCGAGCCUCGUCUCACUUCAGCAUGGAAAAAGCAUCCGUGCACACGCGACCGAAGUCAACAGCGUUUGCUUCAACGGAUCCGGGAAGGUCGUCUUCUCCGCCAGCAGCGAUGGUACCGUGCGCGCGUGGGACGCCCACUCGUGCCAAGCAAAGGCUGAUUACCGCGGUCUUGGCAUGUCCCAACCGCUCAUCUGCGUCCGUGUAUCUGAGGACGGCGAGCUCGUGCUCGGCACUGGCUGCGAUCGCAUCUGCCAAGUUUGGCGCGUAGGCACGGGACGCAUUGCUCACACGUUGCUUGGACACAAAGGAAAAGUUUACGCCGCCGAGUUCCUCCUCGAUCGAGCCAACGAAGUCUUGACGGGCGGGGCCGACCGAUCGAUUCGUGUCUGGGACGUUGUGAGCGGCCGGAACCUUAAAAGCUUUAGCUGCCGGUCGACUUGCAACGACAUAGCCGUUGGCGUUGGCGGACAGUUUGCAAGUGCGCACCAAGACGGCGCCGUGCGAUUCUGGGAUGCCCGCACAAAGGCACCCAUUCGGGAGCUCAGCGACGUGCACAGCGAUCAAAUUACGUCCGUGUCCUAUGCCAGCGAUGGCUACAAACUGCUCACCAACUCCCGCGACAAUGCCCUCAAGCUUCUCGAUGCCAGAACGUAUGGUGAGCUCGGGACAUACACCGCUCCAAACUACAUCUGCGGCUUCAACUGGUCGAAGGCGUCGCUGACGCCGGAUGGAGCGUAUCUCGCUGCCGGCAGUACGUCCGGGGCGGUGCUUAUCUGGGACGCGCUCUCGCAGAAAGUGUGGCGCGAGAACAAGGAUACACACACGGGUGCGGUUGUAAGCUGCAUGUGGAGUCCUGACGGUCGUCUCCUCGCAUCCUGUGAUAAGAACGGGUGUCUGGUACUCUGGGAGUAA